CCGUAAGAUCAGAGUCCAGAAAAUGGAUUCAAGUGGAGUCAAAGUUUUGGAGACCGCAGAGGAUAUCCAGGAGCGACGUCAACAGGUCCUGGACCGUUACUUGCGCUUCAAGGAGCUCUCUACCCUGCGUCGCCAGAAGUUGGAGGAUUCCUACCGCUUCCAGUUCUUUCAGCGAGAUGCCGAUGAGCUUGAGAAAUGGAUCCAGGAGAAGCUACAGAUCGCAUCUGAUGAGAACUAUAAAGACCCCACAAACCUGCAGGGUAAGCUACAGAAACACCAGGCUUUCGAGGCAGAAGUUCAAGCCAAUGCGGGAGCCAUUGUAAAACUGGAUGAGACGGGAAACCUGAUGAUUUCCGAGGGUCACUUUUCCUCUGAGACGAUAAGGACCCGCUUAGUUGAGUUGCAUCGCCUCUGGGAACUUCUGCUGUUGAAAAUGCGUGAGAAGGGGAUCAAAUUACAACAAGCCCAGAAGCUGGUGCAGUACCUCCGGGAAUGUGAAGAUGUUAUGGACUGGAUCAAUGACAAGGAGGCAAUUGUGACAUCUGAAGAGCUGGGACAGGAUCUGGAGCAUGUGGAAGUUCUACAGAAGAAAUUUGAGGAGUUUCAGACCGACUUGGCAGCCCAUGAAGAAAGGGUGAACGAGGUCAACCAAUUUGCCAGCAAGCUCGCCCAGGAAGAACAUCCUGAAUUGGAAUUAAUAAAGACCAAACAAGACGAAGUAAAUACAGCCUGGCAGCGUCUUAAGGGACUGGCUCUUCAGAGACAGGGGAAGCUUUUUGGAGCUGCUGAGGUUCAGAGAUUUAACAGAGAUGUAGAUGAAACCAUUGGAUGGAUUAGAGAGAAGGAGCAGCUGAUGGCUUCUGAUGAUUUUGGAAGAGAUUUGGCAAGUGUACAAGCCCUCCUUCGAAAACAUGAGGGUCUGGAACGUGAUCUGGCUGCACUGGAAGAGAAGGUGAAGGCGUUGUGCACAGAGUCUGACCGUCUACAGCAGUCACACCCCCUUAAUGCUGUCCAAAUUCAGGCUAAAGGAGAGGAGCUGAUUGCCAACUGGGAUCAGAUCCGCACCAUAGCAGCAGAACGUCACACACGCCUCAACGACUCCUACAAGUUACAGAGAUUCUUGGCAGACUUCAGAGACUUGACCAGCUGGGUGACAGAAAUGAAAGCGCUCAUAAAUGCCGACGAGCUUGCCAAUGAUGUGGCUGGUGCAGAGGCUUUGCUGGACAGACACCAGGAACACAAGGGGGAGAUUGAUGCUCACGAAGAUAGUUUCAAAUCUGCCGAUGAGGCAGGCAAUGCUUUGCUGAAUGCUGGACACUACGCAUCUGAUGAAGUCCGGGAGAAGCUCACCAUCCUCUCUGAAGAGAGAACUGCCCUUCUAGAACUGUGGGAGCUGCGGAGGCAGCAGUAUGAGCAGUGCAUGGACCUGCAACUUUUCUACAGAGACACCGAGCAGGUGGACAACUGGAUGAGCAAACAAGAGGCCUUCCUGCUGAAUGAAGAUUUGGGAGAUUCUUUGGACAGCGUGGAAGCUCUUCUGAAAAAACAUGAAGACUUUGAGAAAUCUCUUAGCGCCCAGGAAGAAAAGAUCACGGCCCUGGAUGAGUUUGCUACAAAGCUGAUUCAGAAUAAUCACUAUGCCAUGGAAGAUGUGGCCACUCGCAGAGAUGCGCUGUUGAGCCGUCGUAAUGCUCUGCACGAGCGCGCUCUGUAUCGCCGCACCCAAUUGGCAGACUCUUUUCACCUGCAGCAAUUCUUCAGAGAUUCAGAUGAGCUGAAGAGCUGGAUUAAUGAGAAAAUGAAAACCGCUACAGACGAGGCAUACAAGGAUCCCUCAAAUCUUCAGGGUAAGGUACAGAAGCACCAGGCAUUUGAGGCAGAACUGUCAGCCAACCAAAGCCGCAUUGAUGCACUGGAGAAUUCUGGGCAGAAACUAAUUGAUGUUAACCAUUACGCAUCUGAUGAAGUGGCUGCUCGUAUGAAUGAGGUUAUCACCCUAUGGAAGAGGCUGCUAGAGGCCACAGAACUGAAAGGUAUUAAACUCCGUGAAGCAAACCAGCAGCAGCAGUUCAACCGCAAUGUGGAGGAUAUUGAACUGUGGCUUUAUGAGGUUGAGGGCCACCUGGCUUCAGAUGAUUAUGGAAAAGAUCUAACCAACGUGCAGAACCUUCAGAAGAAACACGCUUUACUGGAAGCCGACAUUGCAGCUCACCAGGACCGUAUUGAUGGUAUUACUAUCCAGGCCCGACAGUUCCAAGAUGCUGGGCACUUUGAUGCUGAUAACAUCAAGAAGAAGCAGGAGGCCCUUGUUGGCAGAUAUGAAGCUCUGAAGGAACCCAUGGUUGCCCGAAAGCAGAAGUUGUCUGAUUCUCUGCGUCUCCAGCAGCUUUUCAGAGACAUCGAAGAUGAGGAGACAUGGAUACGAGAGAAGGAACCUAUUGCUGCCUCUACCAACAGAGGCAAGGAUUUGAUUGGCGUGCAGAACCUCCUAAAGAAACACCAGGCCCUUCAGGCUGAAAUAGCUGGACAUGAGCCACGGAUCAAAGCAGUUACACAGAAGGGGAACUCUAUGGUCAGCGAAGGUCACUUUGCUGCUGAGGAGGUUAAGGUGAAGCUAAAGGAGCUCAAUGAUAAAUGGCCGUCUCUGAGGAACAAGGCAUCCCAACGCCGUCAGGACCUUGAAGACUCCCUGCAAGCUCAGCAGUAUUUUGCAGAUGCCAAUGAGGCUGAAUCCUGGAUGAGGGAAAAAGAACCUAUUGUUGGGAGCACAGACUAUGGCAAAGAUGAAGACUCCGCAGAGGCCCUCUUGAAGAAACAUGAAGCCCUUAUGUCUGAUCUUCAUGCGUAUGGAAGCAGCAUCCAGUCUCUACGAGAGCAGGCACAGUCCUGCAGGCAACAAGUUGCCCCAACUGAUGAUGAAACUGGGAAGGAGCUAGUACUAGCUUUGUAUGACUACCAAGAAAAGAGCCCAAGAGAAGUGACCAUGAAGAAAGGGGACAUUCUGACCCUCCUGAACAGUACUAAUAAAGAUUGGUGGAAAGUGGAAGUGAAUGAUCGCCAGGGCUUUGUGCCCGCUGCGUAUGUGAAGAAACUGGACCCAGCACAAUCUGCUUCCCGUGAGAACCUUCUGGAGGAACAAGGAAGCAUUGCAUUGAGGCAGGAGCAGAUCGAUGGACAGACUCUCCUAUCUAAGGAAGCUGGCAGUGUUUCUCUACGUAUGAAUCAGGUUGAAGAACUGUACCACAACAUUUUGGAAAUGGGAGAGAAACGCAAGGAUAUGCUGGAGAAAAGCUGCAAGAAGUUCAUGUUGUUCCGGGAGGCAAACGAGCUGCAGCAGUGGAUCAAUGAAAAGGAAGCUGCCCUCACAAAUGAAGAAGUGGGGGCUGACCUUGAGCAGGUGGAGGUGCUACAGAAAAAGUUUGAUGAUUUCCAGAAGGACCUGAAAGCAAACGAAUCUCGUCUGAAAGAUAUCAACAAAGUUGCUGAUGACCUCGAAUCUGAGGGACUGAUCACAGAAGAAGUACAGGCCGUACAGCAGCAGGAAAUCUACGGAAUGCCAAGGGAUGAAGGGGAUUCCAAAUCUGCAUCUCCAUGGAAGUCUGUACGUACUGCAGUGCAUGCUGUGGCCACCUUCAACUCCAUCAAGGAACUGAAUGAGCGUUGGAGAUCCCUGCAGCAGUUGGCAGAAGAGAGAAGCCAACUCCUGGGCAGUGCCCAUGAAGUGCAGAGAUUCCACAGAGAUGCUGAUGAGACUAAAGAAUGGAUUGAGGAGAAAAACCAGGCUUUAAAUACAGACAGCUAUGGACAUGAUUUGGCUAGUGUCCAGGCUCUGCAACGAAAACAUGAGGGAUUUGAACGUGACCUGGCAGCUCUUGGUGAUAAGGUGAACUCGUUGGGAGAGACUGCUUUGCGUCUGAUCCAAUCACAUCCAGAAUCUGCAGAUGACAUCCAGGAGAAAUGCAAAGAGCUCAACCAGGCCUGGAGCAGUCUCGGCAAAAGGGCCGACCAACGUAAGAAGAAACUGGAAGAUUCUCACGACCUGCAGCGCUUCCUGAGUGACUUCAGGGACCUUAUGUCCUGGAUUAAUGGUAUCCGGGGCUUGGUGUCAUCAGAUGAACUCGCAAAAGAUGUGACUGGAGCAGAAGCUCUGCUGGAGAGACAUCAGGAGCACCGUACAGAGAUCGAUGCCAGAGCUGGUACAUUCCAAGCCUUUGAGCAUUUGGGGCAGCAGCUCCUGGCUCGUGGGCACUAUGCCAGCCCUGAGAUAAAAGACAAGCUGGAUAUUUUGGACCAAGAACGGGAAAGUUUGGAAAAGGCCUGGGCGCAACGUAGGAUGAUGCUGGACCAAUGCUUGGAACUUCAGCUCUUUAACAGAGACUGCGAGCAGGCAGAGAACUGGAUGGCGGCACGUGAAGCAUUCCUAAAUAGCGAGGACAAGGGGGAUUCCCUGGACAGCGUGGAAGCCCUCAUCAAGAAACAUGAAGAUUUUGAUAAGGCCAUUAACGUUCAGGAAGAGAAGAUUGCUGCCUUGCAGUCUUUUGCUGACCAGCUGAUAACUAAUGAUCAUUACGCCCAAGGAGACAUUUCUGCACGACGCAAUGAGGUCUUGGACAGAUGGCGCCGCCUAAAGGCCCAGAUGAUUGAGAAGAGAUCAAAGCUGGGAGAAUCUCAGACUCUGCAGCAGUUCAGCAGAGAUGUUGAUGAGAUUGAAGCCUGGAUCAGUGAGAAAUUGCAGACCGCCAGUGAUGAGUCCUACAAGGAUCCUACAAACAUCCAGCUUUCCAAACUCCUGAGCAAACAUCAGAAACACCAGGCUUUUGAGGCAGAGCUUCAUGCCAACGCUGACCGUAUCCGCGGUGUCAAAGACAUGGGGAACUCUCUUAUUGACCGUGGUGCUUGUGCUGGGAGUGAGGAUGCCGUAAAGGCAAGGCUUGCUGCACUUGAUGAUCAGUGGCAAUUCCUGGUGCAUAAAUCCGCAGAGAAAAGUCAAAAACUAAAGGAAGCAAACAAACAACAAAACUUCAACACUGGCAUCAAGGACUUUGAUUUUUGGUUGUCGGAGGUGGAGGCCCUCCUGGCUUCAGAGGAUUAUGGGAAGGAUCUGGCAUCUGUCAACAAUUUGCUGAAGAAGCAUCAGUUGUUGGAGGCUGAUAUCUCUGCCCACGAGGACCGUCUGAAGGAUCUGAAUGGACAGGCAGACAGUCUAAUGACUAGCAGUGCCUUUGACACAACCCAAGUGAAGGACAAGCGUGAUGCUAUUAAUGACCGCUUCCAGCGCAUCAGGAGCAUGGCAUCUGCACGCCGCAGCCGGUUGAAUGAGUCCCACCGGCUUCAUCAGUUCUUCAGGGACCUCGAUGAUGAAGAGUCCUGGAUCAAAGAGAAGAAACUGCUGGUCGGGUCUGAUGAUUACGGCAGAGACCUGACAGGUGUGCAGAAUCUGAGGAAGAAGCACAAGAGGUUGGAAGCAGAGCUGGCAGCCCACGAGCCAGCCAUCCAGGGAGUACUGGAGACUGGUAAGAAACUUGCGGAUGACAACACACUAGGCAAAGAUGAGAUCCAGCAGCGCCUGGCUCAGUUUGUGGAGCACUGGAAAGAACUGAAGCAGCAAGCUGCAGCUCGCGGUCAGAGGCUGGAAGAAUCCCUGGAGUAUCAGCAGUUUGUUGCCAAUGUAGAAGAGGAAGAAGCCUGGAUAAACGAGAAGAUGACUCUCGUUGCCAGUGAAGAUUAUGGCGACACUUUGGCUGCCAUCCAAGGAUUACUGAAAAAACAUGAAGCUUUUGAGACAGACUUCACUGUCCAUAAAGACAGAGUACAUGAUGUCUGUGCUAAUGGAGAAGACCUUAUUCACAAGAAUAAUCAUCACGAGGACAACAUAAACGCUAAGAUGGCUGGACUGCGAGGGAAGGUGGGAGACCUCGAGAAGGCAGCAGCUCAACGAAAGGCAAAGCUUGAUGAGAAUUCUGCAUUCCUGCAGUUCAAUUGGAAAGCAGAUGUUGUUGAAUCAUGGAUUGGUGAGAAAGAAAACAGCCUGAAGACUGAUGACUAUGGAAGAGAUCUAUCAUCUGUACAGACUCUCCUUACUAAGCAGGAAACCUUUGAUGCUGGACUUCAAGCAUUCCAGCAAGAGGGCAUUACUAAUAUCACUGCUCUGAAAGACCAGCUACUGGCCGCCAAGCAUGUGCAGUCCAGGGCCAUUGAGUCCCGCCAUGCCUCCUUGAUGAAACGCUGGAACCAAUUGCUAGACAACUCCGCUGCACGCAAGAAGAAGCUGCUGGAGGCUCAGGAACACUACAGAAAGGUUGAGGAUUUGUUCCUGACUUUUGCCAAGAAAGCAUCUGCCUUUAACAGCUGGUUUGAGAAUGCAGAGGAAGAUCUGACUGACCCCGUACGCUGCAAUUCCUUGGAAGAAAUCAAAGCUCUGCGCGAAGCACACGACGCAUUCCGCAACUCCCUCAGUUCUGCGCAGACAGACUUCAGCCAGCUGGCUGAAUUGGAUCGACAGAUCAAAGGUUACCGUGUGGCCUCCAACCCUUACACCUGGUUCACGAUGGAGGCACUAGAGGAAACUUGGCGGAACUUACAAAAGAUUAUAAAGGAAAGGGAGCUUGAACUGCAAAAGGAACAGAGGAGGCAGGAAGAGAAUGAUAAAUUACGACAGGAGUUUGCACAACAUGCCAAUGCAUUCCACCAGUGGAUCCAGGAGACCAGGACCUACCUUCUGGAUGGCAUAGCCUAUCGCAGAGUCAUACGUGUGUAUCAGUAUGAAGUUGGGGAUGAUCUGUCUGGAAGGUCAUGUAUGGUUGAAGAAUCGGGAACAUUAGAAUCUCAGCUGGAAGCUACAAAGAGAAAGCAUCAAGAGAUUCGGGCGAUGAGGAGUCAGCUAAAGAAGAUUGAAGACCUAGGGGCGGCAAUGGAAGAGGCUUUGAUUUUGGAUAAUAAAUACACAGAACAUAGUACUGUCGGGCUUGCGCAACAGUGGGACCAACUGGAUCAGCUGGGAAUGAGAAUGCAGCAUAACCUCGAACAGCAGAUCCAGGCCAGAAACACAACUGGAGUAACAGAAGAAGCUCUUAAAGAAUUCAGCAUGAUGUUCAAACACUUUGACAAGGACAAGUCUGGUCGCCUCAACCACCAAGAGUUCAAAUCGUGCUUGCGGUCCCUUGGAUAUGACCUUCCAAUGGUAGAAGAGGGAGAACCAGAUCCAGAGUUUGAAGCCAUUCUGGAUACAGUAGAUCCCAACAGAGAUGGGCACGUGUCACUACAGGAAUACAUGGCAUUCAUGAUCAGCAGGGAGACUGAAAAUGUCAAGUCCAGCGAGGAGAUCGAAAGCGCAUUCCGGGCCCUCAGCACUGAGCAGAAACCAUAUGUCACAAAGGAAGAGCUGUACCAGAACCUGUCACGUGAACAGGCAGACUACUGCAUCUCACACAUGAAACCUUAUAUGGACAGUAAGGGCCGUGAACUGCCCUCUGCAUUCGAUUAUGUUGAAUUCACGCGCUCGCUAUUUGUCAACUGAUGUAGCCGAUUUAAAGCCUGGCUUGUAUCUGCUGAAUCUGGCCGUGCAUGUGUCUCUUGCUCUACCCCAAAUCUGCACUGUACCUUCAAUGUGUUAGCCAACCGACAAAGCAAUAGAAGCAGUGUGCUUUAAUAAACGCUAAUUAUUCAA